AAAUUGUUUUGUAAUCAGAAAAAAAACAUCCUAUGAGUUAGUUUCAAUCGCACUGUACGCGAAGCAAUAUGUCUUUUUGCUCCUUCUUUGGAGGAGAGAUCUUCAAAGACAAUUUUGAACCAGGCAUUUACGCAUGUUCAAAGUGUGACCACAAGCUGUUCUCCAGCAGGUCCAAGUUCGAGCACUCGUCUCCAUGGCCUGCCUUCACAGAGACGGUCCAGGAGGACAGUGUGUCCAAGCACGUAGAGAGACCCGGCGCGUUCAAGGUUCUCUGUGGGAAGUGCGGAAACGGAUUGGGCCAUGAGUUUGUGAACGAUGGGCCUUCCAAGGGAAAGUCUCGCUUCUGAAUAUUCAGCAGCUCACUGAAAUUCAUCCCUAAAGAUAAGGUUGAUGGCCAGUAGAGUGAGCUGAGGAUGUAGAAACUGCAUAGAGUGAUUCGGGCAACGUAUUGUGUCCUUCUGAUUGGCUGGAGGUGUGGCCAGAGGAUGACGUGUUCUGAGACAAAGCCUCAUUCUGAGACCUCCAGGACACCGAUGGCAACUGACCUCACCACAGAGCUAGGGACUUCCCAGGGCUUCAUUCACAAUGGAAACAUGCACCUCAUAUUUGAAUGCUGACGCACAGAUUGCAACAAGAUUAAAUAAUACAGUUGGAGAUUAUUUUUGUGUGUUUCCAAUUUCCCCAACUGGGUACGAUUUUAAAUCUAUUAAAGGAUCAAUUGAGCAUUGGU